GAAAAACAAACCAAUAAAGGCAAUCGGGCUAAGAGUCAACUUCAAGAGCCACAAAGAUUGCAUAUUCUUGAGCUUUUUGAUGAGAAACCAUAUACUACGACCGACGAAAUUGUAGAUAGUUUGACAAAGGCUUUUGAAGGAUUUUCUUUAAAGAAGUCAACGGUUAACAGUUUUAUAUUACAUGAGUGUAAUUUGACGAUCAAAAAAUUGCAACAACAACCUAAAGCUCGAAACGAUCCUACGCGCAUUAAUGCAAGGUACGAAUGGGUUAUGGAGUAUGAUAAGUCAGACAUGGACUAUCUUCAGAACUGUGUUUUUAUCGAUGAAUCAGGUUUUGAUAUUAACAUGAGA